GGAAGACUAAACUGUGGGACCAGACGGCCCAGUCGUCAAAGAUGGCGCUCCCCGCUCUGAGAGGUUGUUACAGAGUUCCAUUUACGUACGGCUUCUCUCGGCUUUUCAGACAUGAACAUUUGCUAACUAAAGGUUUCGGUAAACAGUGGCUGCCUCCCCCAGAACCGACGUGUGUGACGGCGGCGGUGCACCGGCACUACAGCUCCGACCAGGGGAGGGAGAAGCAGGUGAAGAAAGUGGUGGUGGUCGGCAUCCCCAACCCUUUGACCUGGUUCCGCACUAGGAUUUACUACUUCCUGAUCAGGACCUACUUUGACACAGAGUUCAGUAUUGAAGAGUUCACGGAAGGAGCGAAGCAGGCCUUCUCCCAUGUUUCCAGACUCCUGUCUGAGUGUCGGUUCGAUGCUUUGGAAGGACUUGUGGCCAAAGACCUGAUUGAAAAACUGGAGGAGAAAUGUAACCUGCUGUCGCUGAGCUACAAGAACGCGCUGUCUGCAGAACCUGAUGACAUCAUGUACACGACGACAGGGGACGUGGGAAUCUACUAUGAUAAUGACGGGAGGAAGUUUGUCAGUAUUCUGAUGCGGUUCUGGUAUCUGACCAGUGCUCAGCUGCCUGACGAUACCAUGGAGAGAGAUCAACUCUUCAAGGUUCCUCUAGUUGGCGACACACAGGGUGACACUAAAAGACUGCUGGUUGCCAAAUACGAGUUCCAGAGAGAAUUUACUAAAGGUGUGGCUCCAGACUGGACCAUCACCAGGAUAGAACACUCCAAGCUUCUGGAAUGAGCAGCUGAAUGGUCUCACCUGGUCACAGACAUUUCAUAGUUUCAGUACUGAACUGCACAGCUGCUUAUAGGACAGUAAAGACGAAAGACCGGCUCAAACUGGCUCAGGUUGUUCUUUCAGACGUACGAGUACGGGUUGGACUGGUCCAGCAACCACAGCCGUCUCUGAAGGGUCCUGUGUCUGGAUGUUGAAGCUACAAAUACAAACCAAGCCUCACAAACCGGUUUGAUCAGAAUCUUUUAUUUUAAAAUUUCCACUCACUAAGAUUACAGGACAAAAAAUAAAGAAAACAUUUAAAUUUAACUAUUAUUAUUUUUUGGUCAUACAUUAUGAGGAAUUAUUAUGGGAGAUAAGACAUUUAGAUACAAAGCAUGACAGGUCAUUUAUUUGCCAAGCCAAGAAACUAGACUUUGGACUUCAUCAUCAUCAUCAUCC